AUGUUGCUGGAUCCUUCACUUCACAAAGCUGCAAAACACUCUAACACCGAGGAAUUCAUGGCUCUUCUCCACCAAAUCUCAACAUCUCUGCAAAUCCCUGUCGGCACCAUCAUCGAACAAGUAACUCCAUCAGGCGACUCACUUCUACACUUAGCAUCGAGUCACGGAAAUGACUCAGUGGCAGCUUAUCUCGCAUCCGAGUUUCGUUCUCUCAUCUCCAAGAAAAACAUCAAAAACGACACUCCGGUUCAUCUCGCUGCUCGUGCUUCAAGGUUGACCAUAAUCAAGACUCUUGUUCAGUGUGCAAGUCAACCCCCGUCUUCAAACAAUCGCUGGUUGUUGAAGAUGAAGAACGUGAAUGGGAAUACUCCGUUGCAUGUGGCGGUGAUGAGUCAUGACUGUGAAAUCGUUGAGUUCCUGGUUAACUCGGGUGACUCGGAAGUGAUUUAUUUUCAGAAUAAAGAAGGAUGGUCUCCGUUGUAUAUGGCUGUUAAAGCUGGUAAUGUUGAGAUCCUUAAGCCACUUUUACGAGCUCUGGUUAUUAAUGAUACUACCUUGAAAAGGCUUGAAGACAACUCACCUGUUCAUGCAGCUAUUAUGGAAAAGAAUUUAGAUAUACUGAGGGAGAUGGUGAAUGAAAAGAAAGAAUUAUUGAAAGUGAAAGAUGGCAAAGGGGGUACUCCACUUCAUUUUGCAGCAGUGAUAGGAUACCUUCCGGGAGUUGAGUUUCUAUUAGAAGUUUCUGGUGCAAGUGCUCUCGAAAGGAACGGACAAGGUUCAUUGCCAAUUCAUCUAGCAUGCCAGAGUGGUCAUGUCCAUGUAAUUAAAGAGCUGCUCAAAGUGUGGCCUGAUCCAAAGGAGUUGCUAACAAAAGAAGGCCAGAAUAUUCUUCACAUUGCGGCCAAGUGUGGAAAAAGCAAGGUAGUGAAGUUCAUACUUAACACUACUUCACUUGGACAGCUAGUGAACGAGAAAGACAGAAAUGGAAAUACACCUUUACAUUUAGCAGCAAUGAAUUGGCAUCCAAUGGCUGUGACUUACCUAACUUGGGACAAGAGAGUUAAUAUAAAGCUUGUCAACAACAAUUGCCUCACAGCUCUAGAUGUUGCCUUUCUACAGCUUACCAAGGGACAAUGGACCUUCCGAGAGAGAAAAACAAUACAAAUAUUGAAAUCUGCUGGUUCUCAUCGAAGUUUUGAUCUGAAACUUGUAACACCUGAUAGAAAAAUCAUUAGACAAUUUGAGCCGCUUCAAAUGGAAUGGAUAAAAGAUAGGAUCAAUACACUUUUACUAGUAGAAACCCUUGUGGCAACUGUGACUUUCACGGCUGGUUUCACUUUGCCCGGCGGUUACAAUGGCUGUGACUGUCCUGACCAAGGAAUUGCAACAAUGUUGAAGAAAGGGUUGUUUCAUGUGUUUGUGAUUUGCAACACUCUAUCUUUAUACACCUCAAUGAUCACACUUGUAACCCUCAUGUGGGCUCAACUAGGAGAUGCAUAUCUAGCAAUCACAGCAUACACAUUUUCCAAGCAUUUAUUUGGUAUUGCUAUUGGCUUCAUGUCCUUAGCAUUCACUGCUGCAGUGUGUUUAGCCAUAAACAAGCUGACUUGGCUUUUCAUUGUUGUUUUAGUGCUGAGUAGCAUUUUUCUUAUUGUUUUCAUGAUGCAUUUUAUUGCACUCAUCUUCCCACAUGGCUCGACCGCUCGGUUCAUGCGUUAUAUAUCCUACUACAUCAAUUUGGUGUUGAUUCCAGCUUCUGGAAGUUCAAUGAGAAUUCCUACACAACAUCAAAGAUUCAGAGAUUUUCAGUAUAUUGAUAAAGAUAGAUAUCAAGGGUUUCGACACAUGAAUAAGGAUAAUUACUCUCAGCCCGUAUAUGGAGACAACUACUUUCAGCCGACGAAUGGAGACAAUUACUUUCAGUCGAUGAAUGGAGAUAAUUAUUCUCAGCAAAUGAACGAGUUACAAGAAAUGAGCGAGGGCGCCAGUUCUCGACAAAUGAACGAGGGUGGCAAGUGGGAAGAUUAA